UCCCUCCCUCCCCGCCCCAUUGCAACCAUGAGAAGGUAGCAGGAUCUGAUCCUAGGAGGAGCAACAAGCCUUGCAAAAAAAAAAAGGGGGGGGGAGAAAAAGAAAGAUUUGGAAAAUCAGCAACAACAGGAAAAAAUUUAAAAAAGGGGGAGGGAGAAAAGACGCUUUCCCUAUUUGAUUGGGGGGUGGUGUGGGUGCAAUCCUGCAUGCAAUCCCCCCCCUUUUUUUUGCAAAAACCUUUGCAAGACUCUCCACCUUCUUUCCCCCACCCUGGGGUGGCUGGGGGCCAGGCAGGGGAAAAAAGGGUGCCUGGACCCCCCCACCCCUCCACCCCAGAGCUUGAUCAGGAUCCCACCCUCCACGGCUGGCCUCCUCUUCCUCCUUUAAGCUGGACCUCCUGGAACCAUGAGCUGGGGGACAGAGCUGUGGGACCAGUUUGACAACCUUGAAAAACACACGCAGUGGGGCAUCGAUGUCCUGGAGAAAUACAUCAAGUUUGUAAAAGAGAGAACCGAGAUUGAGAUCAACUAUGCAAAGCAACUUAGGAAUCUUUCAAAGAAAUAUCAGCCAAAAAAGAACUCCAAAGAAGAAGAUGAAUACAAGUAUUCGUCAUGUCGCGCGUUCUUAGCCACUUUGAACGAAAUGAACGACUACGCCGGUCAGCACGAGGUCAUAUCGGAGAACAUGACCUCCCAGAUCACUGCCGAGUUAGCCCGUUACGUGCAAGAGCUGAAGCAGGAGAGAAAAUCGCACUUUCACGACGGCCGGAAAGCACAGCAGCACAUUGAGACCUGCUGGAAACAGCUCGAAUCUAGUAAACGAAGAUUUGAACGGGAUUGCAAAGAAGCCGACCGAGCGCAGCAGUAUUUCGAAAAGAUGGACGCGGACAUCAACGUAACAAAAGCAGAUGUUGAAAAGGCCCGUCAGCAAGCUCAGCUCCGUCACCAGAUGGCCGAAGACAGCAAAGCAGAAUAUUCGUCCACGUUACAGAAAUUCAACAACGAGCAGCACGAACAUUACCAUACGCACAUACCCAACAUCUUCCAGAAAAUACAAGAAAUGGAAGAGCGCCGGAUCAUCCGAAUAGGUGAAUGCAUGAAAACCUUCGCCGAGGUCGACCGGCAGGUCAUCCCCAUCAUCGGGAAAUGUCUGGACGAGAUCACGAAAGCGGCCGAAGCCAUUGAUCAGAAGAAAGAUUCGCAGUUGGUCAUAGAAGCCUUCAAGUCCGGGUUCGAGCCUCCGGGCGAUGUGGAUUUCGAGGAUUUCACCCAGCCGAUCAAGCGCACCGUGUCUGAAUCCAGCCUUUCGAACUCCAAAGACGGGAAGUCGGAAUCCCGGUUCAGCGGGAAGUCGAAGGGCAAAUUAUGGCCUUUCAUCAAGAAAAAUAAGCUUAUGUCCCUUUUAACAUCCCCCCAUCAGCCCCCUCCUCCGCCCCCUUCUUCCGCCUCACCCUCUGCUGUUCCCAACGGCCCCCAGUCUCCUAAGCAGCAAAAGGAGCCCCUCUCCCAUCGCUUCAACGAGUUCAUGACCUCCAAACCCAAAAUCCACUGCUUCCGGAGCCUAAAACGUGGGCAGUCCCAGCCUUUAUAUUUUCACAAAGAACUCAUGAAGAGGACCUUAGGCAAGCCCACAUAUGCUCUUGAAGCUAGGGAAUACGUUCUUUCUCUCAAGCUGAUAACUUUGAAUACGCAGGUCUGGAAUCUAAUGGAGGGCGGUGGGCCGGAAGACUUCAGCAACCUCCCCCCGGAGCAAAGGAGGAAGAAGCUUCAGCAAAAAGUGGACGAACUCAACAGGGACAUCCAGAAGGAAGUGGAUCAACGAGAGGCCUUAACGAAAAUGAAAGACGUCUAUAUCAAGAACCCGCAGAUGGGGGACGCGGCCAGCGUGGAUCACAAGCUAGCCGAACUCGGGCAGAACUUGGAGAAGCUGCGGCAGGAGGCUCAGAAAUUUGAGGGCUGGCUCGCGGAGGUCGAAGGCCGGUUGCCGGUGCGGACGGAGCCGACGCGCCGUCAGAGCGGGAUGUAUGAGACUCAGAACACCUUGACCGUCAACAACUGUGCCCAGGACCGUGAGAGCAGUCCAGAUGGCAGUUAUACAGAGGAGCCGAGCCAGGAGAGUGAGGUGAAAGUGCCGGCCACGGAGUUCGAUGACGAAUUUGAUGACGAAGAGCCAUUGCCCACCAUCGGGACGUGCAAAGCUCUGUAUACCUUUGAAGGUCAGAACGAAGGAACCAUUUCCGUCACCGAAGGGGAGACGUUGUUCGUCAUCGAGGAAGACAAGGGGGAUGGCUGGACGCGGAUCCGGAGAAACGAAGACGAGGAGGGCUACGUCCCCACCUCCUACGUGGAAGUCUUUUUGGAGAAGAACGCAAAAGAUCCCUAAAACGUGUCGGCUGCGACGCAAGAGCUUCGGGGCGAGCCGGGCGCAGGAGGAGAAAACAGUGGUCUGCUUUUUCAUUUUGUUUUUUAAAGUCACCCUGUUCGUAGCAGGGCUGGGGGGUUUUUUUGGACUUUUUUUGGGGAGGGUAUUUUUUCAAACCACUCAUAACGGAUCCGGCGCUCCCCUAGCCCGGGAUGAAGCCGCGGAAGAAGAAUUAAAAACAAAUCUCACUUUUAAAAAAAACCCGUCUGUGUCUCAUCCUGGCAUCCAAAGUCAUUGCUCGGUUGUGCUUGCCACUCACCCCUGUGUGCGCCCCCCAGCAUGCCACCCGCCACGUGUGACUAACCCAUCCGUCUCCCUCCAUGCCACGGUUUGAGCUGUGCCUAUCCUGGAGCGAAUGAGCUUUCCUGCCACGCAUGGUGGUUCCCCUUUCGAGAGACACACCAGGAAAAUCCGGUGGGCAGGACCUUCGCCACGGACACCCCAUACACACAUACACACCCCUUCUGGCCGGCAGAAGGUUUCUGGAAAAGAUACGCAAGGCCAGGCAAUGGGCUUCCCAUUUUACUGAGGGGAAACCGAGGCCGAGAGUUAGGGUGGCUUGCUAGUGGGGGCCUCGGGGGGUGGCCUCCUUUCCUGCUGUGUCUCUCCAGAAGGUGGGCAUCACCCCCUCUCCAGCCAGGCUGGGUUUCGUUUUAUCCGUAGCUGUGCCCGCAACGAUGCCCAGGACGAAUCCCGCCAGCUCUGCCACAGCUGGAGUGUGCUAGCCCUCACACACACACACAGACACACACCCACACCUUGCAACCAUAACCCUGUAAGUCCGCUUCCAGCCGGCUCGCCUCCCGCAGACCUCGGUUUCCACCGCCUUACUGCCCGCAUGCUCGCCCUGUCGCCUUGCUCGAGCCUGCCUGCCUUUUAUUUUUAUUUUUAAGCUCACUGCUGCCGUUUUAAUUUAUUUGGUUCUUUCCGUUUGGCAUCAGGAGAUGCUGCUCUCUCUCUCUCUCUUUUUUGCAUGCUGUCUCCGCACAAUCUGGCAUUAUUUAUUUCAGCGUUUCCAAAAAAACUAAAAACUCCCGCAUCAAAGCAAAAUUGCACUCUUGGCUUGUCCACCUGUCUUGGCCCGUCUCCCUCCGAGCCCCUCCUUUCCACGCUGCCUGCUCCUUGGGCCCGCUUUUAAAUCCUUUUUUAAAAAAACAACGCUGCGUCUGGAAGGGGAAGCCACUCCCAUCGCCCCUGACAGUCGCAGAGCGCCCUAGGCGAGUCCGUUCAGGUUGCCCGCUUGCUGCCUUCCGGCUCCCCUCUCCUUUUCCUUGUGCCUCUGGAACGCCCGAAGACCAGCCUCGAAGGAGGGUCUGGGGCAGCUGCUCCUUUCAGCACCAGCGGGGAACCACAAGGGAUGAAGAAGGUACCCCCCCAGGCGGCCUCCAGCUCUCCUUGACUCUACAGACAGGCCCAGGGCAUCGGCAGCCGCAGCAUCGGCACCCGGGACCCCCUGCACAGACAGCGCUCCCGAGAAGAUUCUCGAUCUCGCUCCCGUCACGCGCCUUUUUCGAUGGACAAAGUUAACAAUAAACGGGCCCUUUAUCUGUUUACCAAACCCGGCCUAACUUUUACUUAAUCCAGCCGGCAGCUUGCAAAGAUUCGGAAGGGUGGCAAAGUCAUUGUCUGCUUUGUUUCCCCGUGGUUUGGGGUUCAAGUCCCGACAUCAUCCGAUCGCUCACAGCAGGCAAGACGCCCAAGGCGAGGCAAUGAUGGUCUGUUUCGGUAAUUCUAGGCCAGCGUUUUUGACUUCACGGAGGGCAGGUUCCCUUGGCGUGUGGGUUCCACCUCCCAUCUCCCUGUUUUACCAUGCACAUUUUAAAAACAACCACCAAAAUCUGUAGCAGAGAGCGUGGGAACCUUUCUACGGCAUGAAUAGCUCAUAGUCUUAGAUGGCUGGAAAAUCACAUAGACAUCCCUCCCCAGGGUCACGCUGCCAGUAGCAGAAACCAGGGAAAUGUACGUGGAACCUCCAGCUCCAGAGGCACUCUACCUCUGAAAAUAAUGUGGAGAUAAUGGAGAAAAAACAAAUGUCUUGCUGCCUUCAUGCUGUGCUCGUGAGCUUCCCGGGGGAGUCUGGCUGGUUGCAAGAGGCCCCUCCAGCAACAGGUUCUUAUGCAAGGCGACCUGCUCCUGGUGAAAGGUCUCCCAUCUGUCACUCUCUACCAAGCGCCAGGAUGCUUAAUACAAUUAUCCACAGUCUGGGGGAAAAAAUUAAGUGAAAAAAAAGUAUUUUCACGAUGCAUUUAGCAGAACCGGCCACUGGAGGGAGCCAGAGAACACGCUAUGGAGUCUCUGGCUCCCUCUAGGAGCCCUUUCUGGUAAUACAGGGUGAAAAAAUUUUACUUCUGGAUUUUUUUUCUUUUAUGAUGCAAGAAGACAACUCUGUGCACAGAAAGGGGGCGGUGGUGAGGAUCUUGUGCUAAGAAAAAGCUCCAUCUGCACUUAAGAGGAAUUCAGCCUCAGAAAUUGAACUUGAUACGAAUUUUUGCAACGGGUUUAUAACAACUGAUGACUUUCUUGCGAUCCUACUGAAAGAGGGGAGGUGAGAGUGGGCCUCUCGCCUUGAAAGUCACCCUUUCCCCCCCUUCUCUCCCCCAAACCCUUUCUUAACAUAUGUAAAUAGACGAGAGAAAAGAAACAUAUUUACGGAAAAGUUGUGUUUUAAUGCUGACUAUUUUUCAAAGGUUCUGCCAUGUAUUGAUUUCAUUCCCUUCUCAUGCUUGAAGGUGUCAAAAAAAGAUUUUUUUAAAAGCCAAAUUAUAUUUUAACAUAUGACGUCGAGCACUUUUUUUUAUUUUACAAAAAAAGAAAUAUUGAUUUCUGUGUGUUUAUAGACACUGGAUUCUUUUUAAUCUAGGUUAUGGUGGCAUCUUCAAUGGGCGUGCGUGUAUGGUUUCAGUAUAGCCCCCCCCUUCUCCCAAAUGUAAAGACAUGUUGGUGUUUCGACUCAUUUGUUUCUGGAGACAAAAUUCUAUCAAAUAAAAUGCUUCCGUUUGAAAGCA